GGGACGUGGGACAACUUUCCUCCGGCGAGGGAGGCAUAUGGGACUCUGACGAGGUGCGCUGCGCAGAGGUGCCCCGUAGUGGUGACUGGUGACAGCUGAUGCGAUGUACUUCCAACAUGAAGGCACAACUCCAGGAAGACAAUUUCCAGAAAAGGAGGUCCGAGCCGCAUGAGUCAUACGCACCUAAAUACCGCCAGAAAGCCUCCACUUGCGCAGUGAACGAGAAGGCCAAGUUGUAUGCAAGCGAAGACAGUCUGGAACAUCAGCACGAAACAGGCUUCGGCAUCUCUUUCGAGCGCGAGGAAGCAAGCGAUGCAAACGCAAUCGACCGACGUGAGCAGUACCUCGCGGAGGGAGACGGUUUUGCAACAACGCUCCAGAAGAGGAGCCCCUUCAAGACAAGCGUCUGGACCCAAUUCUCCCACUCGCUUAGCAAGCACCCUUACAGGUUCACAGCACUGUACGCUUCGACCCUCACUUUGAGCAACUUUGCCAUUGCCUCAGCCAUGUGGGAUCAGAGGAGGGAAAAGACCCAGCUCGUUGAAUUCGGACAGCACGUCGAGGAAAACAAGAAGAUCGGGAGCGGCCUUGUUCGCCGUUCGCUCGAAUCCGACGAAGGUGACGAAAAGCAUGACAAUUCCAAAGUGGGAAGUGCACUUGAUUCUGUCGACCUUUCUUCUGGACUGGAGAAGAGGGAUGGUAACUUGCCACCCCCCGGCGGCAGUGUAAGUCCGAAGGUGCCCAUGUUGACAAAGCUUUUUGCGAAGACGAAGAACGGGGUCUCGAAGCUCAGGAUGAAGACUACCACAACCCUUGUGAAGCAUCCAAAGUCGGGAAUCGGGGCUGCUGUCGUCGGAGGUGCAGCGUUGGGCAUUGGAGCGUACAAGGGGGCACAGUACAUGAACAAAGACAAGAGCUGGAGACUGCUACAUCCUAGCACUUGGUCGUUACCCUGGAAGAGCAGCAAGGUUGCCCCCUCGACGAGUGCAAAGAAAGGCGGCGAGGAGAAUUUGAACAGCGUUGACGGGACGGUCGACCCAGUCAAGGGAGUCAGCGGCAACUCAGAAGCCUAUCAGUCUUUUAAACACUCCGAAAAGGCGGAGCUUCAAGGCUCUCCGAAAUCCUUGAAACCUGAAAACCCAAUCGAUCCGACGACGCGAGAGCAUGAAGAUGAUGUGAAAGCAAAAACUACCAUCGAUGAUGAGAGCGGCGAUCGUCUUCAGCGCCGCUCCCCUUUGCCCGAUGGCUUUGAGAAAACAUCGGUCGAAAGCAUCGACGAGGGAGAUUCACUGGCCGAGAAGAGGGAGAGCACGGGAGAGUCUGUGGGAUCCGCCGACGAGAUGAAUCACUUUGCCAAGCGUGGUGCAGAGGAGAUUACCAUUCCUCUCCUCGACAAGCUGGAAAUCCUGGAUAACCGAGCUCGUGGAAGCAGCCAAAAGGCAGGAAGUGUCAAUCCUGGUAGCAAAGAUGCGGAGCAAGUCAAGAUGAAGGGAGAUACAGCCGAUCCACUGCAAGCCCCUGCCGAGGAGAUUGGCAAAGCCUUUUAUCUCCACAAGUCCGGAACAACACUCAUGCCUCAUUACAAGAGGCGCUCUGACGAAGAAGAGGCGCUUCUGGCCGUGGCCGAACUGUCGAAGAGGACUCCCUUCGGUGGCGAGGAGUUGCUUGCUUCGACUUACUUGCCCGAUCCUUCCACAGCAGCCGUUGCUCUGCUCCCUGCCCUUGAUGACAUCAUCGAAGAAAAACAAAAGUACGCUGUCGUCCUUGAGUACGCCAUGAUGACCAGCAAAGGUGACUCUGGCGAGUCAAACGUCUUCGAAGCUGCCAAAGAGCUCGACGUCUGCCCUUACACCGUCCCAUCCGACCACGCCCCCCAGUCGAUGUCGACGUCGACGUCGACAAGCAGUGCGACGAAGGAGGAAAAGGUCCUCUGGGAGAAUGUCGAGGAGGUCCAAACACGCACAAAGUUCCUUUGUUUGGUUCUCGCUAUGGUACUGUUGCUUGCGUCCAUCAUUGCCACCAUUCGGUUCGUCCGCAGCCAUGCUCACAUUGCCGGGAGCAGAGUCGUCUGCAUCUGCCGUCGCUGUGUCGCUCGCCAGCAGCAGCAGAACAAGCUGCAACCCACCAAGGAUCUCCCCGUGUACUCUGACUCGCGCGAUCCGGAGACGAGCGCCAAAUGGGAGCGCGAGACCAUCUACAUCGAUACUGCCACGUCACAACACAACCAACGCCGCUGCCGCACCGGUCUGAAAUGGAUGGCCCUCGUAUUUGCGACCCUCGUUGCCACAGUCCUCACCACUGCCGCUCUGUCGAUGCAUAGCGGCAGUAAAGGAAUCAAUCCCGUCGUCGACCAUGUCCGUGGCCUGUCAAACUCGCACAUCCACCCGAGUCUGAACAAGAAUCGGCGCGGAGACGUAUUACUGGCCAAGCGCGGACGUAACACCGAAGAGAAUGGUUCAUCUUGGCUUCCGGAUUCUCGUAAGGCUGAUGGUCACCUCACUGAAUGGGACGAGCCGGACUUUCAUGAAGAACGGCCUCACUCCAAAGACACCGCUGGACACAGCUCUCCGACCCGCGCAGGCAAAGGGGACGGGACCUUCCUAGAAGACGACUUCCACCGCACCGCUGAAGCCACUCCGAAACGGAAGCUCGAUCGGGCCAGUUCCGCCCCUCCAUUCAAUGUCGAAAAGGUUUCUCCCCCCAUCUCACCCAUGCGCAAGCAGAUGACCAAAUCCGAUUCCUUUUUCAACCGAGAAAGCGAAGGCUAUGAGAGUGAGCGAGCCUCUCAGCCGCACGUCGCCGCCGAACACGGACAUGGAUACCACUCUAGAGCCUCUGUCAGUGCCGAGCACCCAUUGUUUUAUGGCACCGAAGCCGACCUGAAACACUACAAUGCCGCCAGACCUGGGCGUCAGACAAUGGAGUAUCAGCACGGUAUGCCAUCGCCUACAGAACCCAGCCAGGUCCAGUCGCACAUCGAAUCCCAUGCCCACAAUGCUAUGGUGCCCAUUCAUCCGGGUAUGACUGAAAAUCCUUAUCAUCGUGCUAUGGUCACCAGACCAGGUGGAGAACUCGCUUUCGGCGAUCCUAAUGGUCCAGUAAUAGAGGAGAUACGGCCCCGGACCGAUCAGAAUGUCGGGUCGCAGCGCCAGCGCAAAGUGCAGGACGAGUCCAUAGUGAUGGUUGAGAACGAGCCUCACAGGGUGCGUCACGGCGACGCUCAUGGCGACGCUCAGGGCGACCUUCAUGGCGACCCUCAUGGCGGCCCUAAUGGCAAUCCCCACGGCGACACUCAUGGCGACACUCAUGGCGACACCCAUGGCGAAACCCAUGGCGGCCCUAAUAAAAAGCCUCCUGGAGGGCACGGCGAACCCCACCCUCAGCCCCACGUCAAGACAGGCGCAAAGGCCGAACCAGCCGCUCACAAGCCGGGCAUGACUGCGUGGACGCGUGAAAAGAUGACAAAGAGUCCAGGUAAAACGAUGGCGGCAGCAGCCGCUCUUGGUGGCCUCGCCGUCGGCGGUUAUAGCCUCCUUAACAACUUUGGACUGCCCUGGCUCAACAAGAUGGGCCUGACUGGAUCAAAGAAGGAGCAGAGCAAUGGUGCACCGGGCGUCGAUGGUCGUUGGAACACCCGUCGCCCGCCAAGCAAGCUUUUCAGCAGCAAGGCCCAAGCUGUCCCGGCUGCUGCUUGAUCACCUGGGAGUGCGACUGUCCCCUGCGCAGCGGUCCCUUUUCUUUUCUGUUCUCUUCCUUUCCUUUUCCCGAUUUCAUCACUGUCACUUUUUCACCCGUUCCCUUCUCGCCGCCCGUUCCGAAGAAG